AUGCGAGUGGCAAUUUUAUUGCACAUUUUCCUAUUUGUGUUAUUUUUAUUUAGUUUAAUAUUAAUUACAAGUCAAAAUGAAGUGCUUAAACGAAAGAAGAGAUGGCUUGUUUGGGAACCAGGAGCGAGUAGAAUGCAAGUUAUUCUUGGCUUAGGUAUACCAGUGGCGUUACAGAUUGAAACGGCAAUUAUUGGGCUAUUCUUGAAGGGUAAUUAUCCUAUGCCGACAAAUUCGUCGGUAUACAAAUAUCCAGGAGUAAUUUACGAACGAAAACGAAGAUCUUUGUCUCGAUGGGAUAUUUAUAAAUAUCUUUCACAGGAGGCUGAAUUACGUGGCCAUGAUGGGCGAUCUUGUGUGUUAAAGGCAAUAUGUGAAGCAGCCGAUUCACCCGUUGAUUAUGAAUAUGGAUUAUUUGAUGAGUUAUUCCAUGCUUUAUUUACGCCUACCACAACAAAAGACGAAUUGAGUCAUCAUACGGAUAACGAGUAUUAUGCGGCACAAUCUAUGGGUUUAAAACAUCCAGGAAAAUGUCACAAUUUUUUUCCAAAUUGUAAAAAAUCAUUUUUCGAUAAAUUUACCCAA